AUGCCACCUUUUUGGACAGUAGGAACCCUCUUCGGUGCCUCGAGCGUCAUGCUCGGCGCCUUCGGAGCUCACGGCCUGAAGCAGCGCAUCGCAGAUCCCGUGCGUGUUGCGAAUUGGGGUACCGCUGCACAAUAUCAACUCAUACAUUCUGCCGUCCUCACCUUCGCUUCCGUUGUCGCUCCCCAAAACACAAUGGCAAUGGGCCUCUUCACCGCUGGCAUGACCAUGUUCUCCGGCUCCAUAUACCUGCUAGUUCUCGACCCCCAGCGUUUCAAGUUCCUAGGACCUGUGACGCCAUUGGGAGGAUUGUGCUUGAUUGGAGGGUGGGUUGCUCUGGCGGUUGCUAAGAGGCCUGCCAUGCCCAAAUUCAAGUAA